CUCACUGCGGUCAGCGGCGUCCGGCAGUGACACACGGAGCGCGGAGGCAGCGAGACCCGGAGCACCCUCUGGGCCGCCUCAGGAGCCACCCGCACGGUCCGCCGGGACCCCGAGACCGUCUGCGCCGGGACCCCGAGACCGUCUGCCGAGGGCACUGCUGAGGCUCGACGCCUUCUUCACAACUGUCAGUGGCACCUCCACACAGCAGAAUGAGGGUGUACUCGGCUGCGCUGCCGCUGCUCGUGCUGUUACUCGCCCUGGUGGUGUCGCCGGGCUCCGCGGGCCGGAUCCGCCGCGCCGCUCCCGAAAAGGCGGAGACCAGCAGUGCGCCCGCGGUCACCGCAGAAGAGGAGCCUUCGUCCAGGAAUGCGCGGUUCCUUAGCUUCGAGUUCCCGAAAGAAGUUUUUCCGUAUUACCAAAGGCCAAAGUUCCGCUAUCCAUACUAUAACGACGACGGCGAAGGAGCGCUCGUGUACGGGUACGGUGACAAGUAUCUCUAUACCUACACCGAUUUCAAGACUAUUUUCGGAUACUACCGAUAACCUUUGAUCUUUGUGUUGUUACGUGGCGGAGAAUUCCGUACGGUGCUUCCAGUUAGACAGUCAUGUGUAUUGACUAUUGAUUGAUGUUUUCAUUACGUGAAGGAUAUUGUUAUCAAUAUUGUUAUGUUUUAUGAGCAUUGCGUGCUAUCUUUGCUGAUUGCUGUUCGAAGAAAACAUCGCUGAUCAUGUGACAGUUAUUUAAUAAAA